AUGGCGGUUUAUAUGCGUGUACGUGGUACUCAGACAACAGAAGCACUUUUGCGAGUUUACCCACAAUUUUUCGGGUUACCAACAUUCCUCCCGCUUCCACGAAGACGGAGUUCUUCCUCAGACGAAAGCUCGCAACCUCCGGUAAACCUCAGUCGAAAAGUUUCCUUUGCUGAUGCAUUUGGCCUGGAUCUUGUAUCAGUGAGAGAGUAUGACAAGUGGGACGUGGGCAGCUGCUCGCUGGGCGCUGGAGCGCAGGAUGAACGGGCACCCCUGGAUGAAUUCCUUCUGCUGCCACUUUUUGAGUUGCCGUCCUCCCCCGAGCAAUUGAAGCAGAAACUUUAUGCUCAGAAAGUGGAACUAGAAUCAACAGAGUUUCCCCCGGGUACGAACCGCAUGAAAGGGCUAAUUCGUGUACUGAAUAUAUCGUAUGAAAAACUAGUGUACAUCCGGAUGACAUUAAAUAAUUGGGAGAGUUACUAUGACAUCCUGGCUGACUAUGUGGCCGAUUCUUAUGAUGGCGAAACUGACCAGUUCACGUUCAAAAUUCAACUAGUCCCCCCUUAUCUGAAAGACGGCGCCAAAGUCGAAUUUGCCAUCCGCUAUGAAACUCACCAUGGUAUUUAUUGGGCAAACAAUGAUCACAAAAAUUAUGUGGUCCUUUGUCACAAGAAGGAUGACCUGAAUGUAAAUGAAAAACCCCAAGAAGAGCUCGAUGACCGAAAUUUAAAAAGCUGCCUAAAGACGUCAUAUAGCAAAGAGAUCCUGGACUCUUCCUGUGAUGAAGGCCUCAUGUUCCUAACAAGUACUGAAGCACAACAAGAAAAUAGAAAGAUGAUUUUGGAAAUGAAGGUAAUACCACAAUGGAUUCUGAAAGCAUUUUAAAUGAAAAUAUAGAACAAAAAGAAGUAAAAAGUGAACAACAACUGGACACACAGAUACGUCCACCACUGACAAACCCAAGAGGCCAAGAAACUAAUUUAACACAAUUGGAAGGAUUACGCCAUAAUGUCAGAGAAGAGAAUGAGAAGAAUGCAGCUAUAAUCACCAGUGAAUCACCAGUCAAUCAGCA